UCGUAAUGAAGCCUAACUUAGUAUCUAAAUUAUGUGGAAUAUUGGAGACGGACAUAGUUUAAACUUUUCAGUUAUAUUUUGACAUUCUGAAAUUUGUUUGCCACUACAUUUUGUGAAAAACAGGAUGCUAGAAUGUUAUGUUAGUUCUGAGAUUCUAGAUGAUGCUUGAUGUUGAAACUAUGCUUUACUUCUGCAUGCCUGUAGUGUCAAAUAUUGUCGAGGGACAGGUAGUUGUCAGAGCUAGAUGCUUCAGAUCCAUGAAGAAAAAUGAGGAACCGCACAAGCUGCAGGUUUGAAACAGUCAGAAAGCCGGUUGGCUCUUGUUCGUUGGUUCGUGUUCCUGUUCAUGUUUGACGGCUGAAGAACUUUCACGUACGACUUCUGGACUACUUAGAGCUUAUUCUAACAUUUUCCUGUUCAGUUGUUACUAUUUGUUUUAUGUUUCUGUUGCGGUUGCAACAUAAUCUGUGUUUUCUUUCUGCUGUUGUUGAACCUUACCUUCAAACUAGAAUAUAUUACGUGUUUAAAGCUAAACAUGCUAAAUGUAUUGAUGUACAAAUUUGUUGCUAAAACACUUCUCUGUUUUAGAUAUCACUGGGUGUUGGAAAAGAAAAGGCAGAAUUGUUGGAUUAUUCUUGUAGCUGUGCAGCUGGUAAAUGUUUUUGCAAUCAUGUAGUUGCACUUCUUUACCAGACUGCACACUACUCCCAACUCCAGCUGCCAAAUGUUCCUGCUGCACUGGCCUGCACUAGUGAGUUACAAAGAUGGCACAGACCAAGAACACAGGGGAUACAUCCUGAACCUGUCAGCGACAUGGUGGUGCGGAAGCCCAAAACUAUGGGGAAAAGAUAUCUGCACUCCACACUUUACAGAGCUUACACAGGACCGCUUCCAGAUCCCGACAUUCUGGCAUCAGGAGAAAAACUACGGCAGCUGGAGUCCCCACCACUUAUCGCUCUUGUCCUAGAUGGUCUUUCUAAUUUGGAGCUGGUUCCAUCCAAAUUUGGGCCUGUGCCACAGGGCUCACCUAUGUCUUAUCAGUGCCCACCUGAGAAGUCCUCUGGUAGUAUUAUUCUGCACCACAUGGCUCCAGACUUCCCUUCUCUUCCUUUGAUGCUGCAUAGUUUUCCGAAUAUGUGUUUUGUGCCCACACUCGGUCAACUUAUGCAUCUUCAGUCUCUGCAAGUGUCCCUGGAAAUGUCUUAUGAAAUAGAGGCCAGAACAAGAGAGCAGUCCAAAUGUCCUGCAUGGGUACAUCUUCGACAGCCAAGACUUACUGCUAGCCGUUUCCGUGAUGCUUGCAGAGGAAGUGCAGAGGAGGAGUCUGCUGCCAUGGCACUGGCAUCUCGGAUGAUCAGGGGGUCAACUAGACAAACUGCAGCCAUGAAGCGUGAUCUGCAGAUGGAGUCUGAGGUGCUGGCAAACUAUGCUGAGAUGUUGAAGGUCAAUGUGCUACCUGUGGGAUUCAUUGUUCGCCCUGACACCUCAUAUAUUGGUGCAACUCCAGAUGGCAAGGUGUAUGAUCCGUCAGAAUCACCCCCGUUUGGACUGGUUGAGGUAAAAAGCAGCACAAAGAAUGAUGUGUGUCAGGUUGCUCACCUCAAGGUUCAAGAUGGCCAUGCUAUCUUGAGGCGUUCACAUGCAUAUUACUGGCAGGUACAGGGUCAGCUGGCAGUCACCGGAUUAGAAUGGUGCGACUUUGUCACGGACACGCUAACAACAAUAACUGUUGAGCGGGUGUGGCGUGAUGAGUCUUUCAUUGAUCAAAUGAAAUCUAAACUAGACUUAUUUUACUUCAACACCUUCAUUGAUGUGUUCAUGACAAUGCAACAAGAAUUAUAAAAUGUGUAAUUGACCCUUUUGUUCCUUUGCAUUUCAAAUACUUAAUCUCAGGGUGUGUGAAUCACUGUAAAUAUAUGGUAUUAAUGGCACAUCAACAGAUGUGCAAAUUCCUUUAAAAGGCAGUUGCAUAAUUUAAAAAAAAUUGUUUUAACUGCAGUUGUCUUGUAACCUUUAUUUUAAAGUUGCUUCUUCUUAAGGUUGUCUUAAGUAUUUGCAACUAUUGUUGUUUAGAUUUGAUAAAUAUUAAUUUGCAGGAUAAUUUAAAUCAGUAUGGUGUACAAUUAUAAGAUAUGAAAUAGUUAAGGGUUUUUUGUUUUUAGAUAUUGUAAAUUGUACUUGAUUUGUUUUCCUUGCAAUUCCACUUAAACAAGAAAAUA